AUGGCAUUUGUGUUAGAAAGAGAGAAUAAGGAUCUAAGAGAAAAAGUUUAUAUCUUGGAGAAUAAAUUUAAAAAGGAACAAGAAAAAUAUUUAAAAAUAUUUUAUGAGAAUCAUUCAAAUCUUUGUUGGGCAAAAGAUACAAUAAAGAAGAAUCAGCAAAUAAGAGAAGAAAAGAAGUUUCUACAGGCUCAGAUAGAUGAACUUCUUGCUAGAGAUCGUCAUUAUGAGAUUCAAGAUAGAAAUGUUGAACUAUUAAAGAAUAAUGCAGAGUUAACUACAAAGGUUUAUGAAGCUGAGAAAGCCUUAAGUUCCGAAAGAAGAGUUUUUGAGAAAGAAAAGAAAAAGAUAGUUGAACUGGAAAAGUUAUUAGAAUCAGAAAGAAAAGAGUUUGAGAAAGAUAAGAAUAAAUUUUCUGAUGCAAAACAGAGGUUUAAUGUUGAGAAAAGGAUUUUUGAAAGCAAGUUGAAAUCUUUUGAGAUGAGUUCUGUGAAGCUUUCUGAGCAAAUCAUUGAUUUUGAGAAGAUUGUUAUUGUGGAAAGAUCUAAAUUGAAACUAAAAGGAAAAAAAUCUGAUAAGAAAUGUUUGGAAUUUUCAAAGAGUAUUGUUGCUAUUCAGAAGAGUCUGGAUGAUGAGAGAAAAUCAUUUGCAAUAGAAAUAAAGAAUACUGCAAAGAAGAAUGCUACUAUAGCUAAGGAGUAG